UUGCCGUCGUUGUCGUCGUCGUCAGCGUCGUCGUCGUCGUCGUCGUCGUCGCCGUCGUCGUCGACGUCGUCGUCAAAGAAACGUUACCGAAAGAUAUCAUCGUCGAUUCGUCGGUCAACCUCAGAUGUCUUCUUUUCUUCGUAGCACCACCUGCCGCUCUGUGCUUUCGCGUGGUUGCAUCGACAGCGGCAGGUCCUCUUAUCGAUCCUCUCCAAUUUUUCCUCUAUUCUCGAAGGAAAUUGUCGAUAGGUGGUCCUGCUGGUCCACUGCGAUCAUGUUUACCGAUAAAAAAAGAAGGAAAAUUAUUCGGCCAGUUUUACGAAUAACUUCGCGGAGUUUUCAUCGAUUAGUUCGCGAGUGACAAACUGUUUGAAAUAAACAAAACGGGGUGGAACGGAGAGAGACGGGAGAGGAUAGAAGAAAUAGAUGAAAUCCAAAGACGGUUUUAUAUACCGGUUGAUAGUUACAACCCAAAGUAUUAGAGUUUGCGGACUAUAGUAUAUGAUUAUUUGAUGGUGCAGAUAUAGAAGAGAAUAAGUUGGUGUUAUAAGUAAAAUAAGAAAAAGAAGAAGAGAAAGAUCGAAGGUGACUAGGUGUUUCUUAGAUUGGAUGGUUCCGCGAGGGUUAAGCAUCGAGAGGUCGACUUGGGAGCAACCAGAGCCGGAACAGCAACGUUUCUACGAUUCUCCGCCACCACGGAUGGACGUGAGCGUGUGCUGUUUACCCGCCAGUGCCGGCUCGGGGGCCCAGCACUCUCAUCCGGCGAGUUUGCCGUCCGGUGGACAGUCGACGAUCCAGGCACCUUAUCAGUAUGCCGAUCAGAUAGUACCGGAUCGGGGUCAACCCGACGGACUCGCGGUACUCGGCUGUACCGGACAGAACAACUGGCAACAGAUCUCAAACUCGUCCACCGUCGCGGCUGGUGUCACUGCGACAACCACAGCGUACAUCGAUUAUUCUUGGCUGCAGAUGCAGCAGACAUCGGACUUGGAUACGUUUCUCUGUAGACAAGAUCUCGAUCGUUUGCCAAAAUUAGACGAAGAUGACGGGGAUAAGGAUACGAGAGAAUCCUCGGUACACAUGGAGGACUUUUUUGAAGUCGGUGGUCCGGUAUGCAGACCACAAGUUAGUUACAUAUCGUCGAGGAAUCAACCGGGUGGAAACGACGAUGACGUCUUUCUCAGGCCUCCCCUUUGGGAAGACAUUACGUCGAGCAUUCAAAAGCUCGACCCGGAGAACGCGGACAUGUUGGGUUCUCAAUCUCAUGUUAAAAUGGAAUCCGACGACGUGACAUCUCCGGUUCUUUCACCAGUGGAAAUAAAAACAGAGCCUUUGCCAGCCCCGCCGACUUUACACUUGCUCGAAGGGCCAGCCUCGAAUCCGGGACAGAGCUUUUCUAAUUCGGGACAGUCUAAUGUGUCGACGGGGGGACAACAACAGCUCGUACAUCAUCGAACUACGACUACGACAACGGCGGCAUCUUUCAAAGCUUUCCCACCGGUUAACUCUACAAAUGGAAAUAGUGUUACCGGUAAUACAGGAAAUGCCAAUACACCCUCCGUUGCUAGCAAUAAUAACGUUAACAAUAACGUUAACAACAACAAUAAUAAUAACAAUAACAACAACAACAAUGUGAAUAACAAUAACAACGGUAACAGCAACGAUACCACGACGAAUCAUCACGGAUCGUCUCAAGCCCAUCAACAAGCUGGUAAUGCAACGACUUCACCUCUUUACGGCUCGAUGACCAGGUUGAUGUACAUCUCACCGUUAACACCUCCCAUCUCGGAUCCUGGUUCGCCCAUCGGUGGUGGCCCACCACGACGGACACCGCCUCCGCCCUAUCCGCAACCCUCCAUUCUAAAUCCGCCCCAUCGGAUUCAACCGCCACCCAUAACGACCAAGUUUAACAGACGAAACAAUCCUGAACUCGAAAAGCGACGUGUUCACCACUGUGAUUUCAUAGGUUGUACGAAAGUAUACACGAAGAGUUCGCACCUAAAGGCCCAUCAGCGAAUACAUACAGGAGAAAAACCGUACCAGUGUCAAUGGCCAGAAUGUGAAUGGCGAUUUGCUAGAAGUGACGAAUUAACGCGGCACUACAGGAAACAUACCGGGGCUAAACCAUUCAAAUGCGCGGUUUGUGAGAGAUCAUUCGCUAGGAGCGAUCAUCUCGCUUUGCACAUGAAGAGACAUCUACCGAAGCAGCACACCAAGUGAAUUUUCCCACCCAACUACCCCCGACUCAAACGAAGAAAAUUCAGGGAAGAAAAUAUAUCUUAAAGGGCUGUUUUUGCUCCUCGUUCGAAAGAGAGUAACGAGAUAAACAUUUUAGGAAAUCAUUUCUAAUCUCUCUUCGAAUUGUUUAGAUCUCUGUUUUCUCAACCCUUGAAAUGAAGUCAAAUGACUUGUAAAAAUCAGAUCGAUAUUGUCAGAUCAGAUGAACUCUAUCGAAUGAUUGUAAUGUUCUCUUUUUCUAAAUGACAGGAAAGAGAGUAAGAAUACGUUCGAGUAUGUUACAAGUUCGCUUUGUAUCUCACAACGAAACGAUUUAUUUAUUCGCAAACAAUUAUGUUUUGGUCGUUUCGAUUGCACUGCUUACCUACCUACCUACCUACCUACCUACCUACCUACGUAGAUAAAUUCAAAAUAAUAAUUCGACUUGGACAGAAAAGGGCUUUCGUCGCUUUGGGUCGAUAAAAGUUCCAUUUUCAAUGGCUUGAUAUUAA